AUGGUCCAUCAGAAUCGUACCCCCAGCAAGGCCAUCCCAGCCAAGCAUCUGAGUCCCAUGCGCAGCAUGGAUGUGGUAGCCGGCGGCAAGUACGCCAUGUCUGCCAGUCCGGCCGAUAGCUUCCUGCGCAACAACCGUUUAACCGUGAACAGCUCCUCAAGUGGCAGCAACAGCAGCAGCAACAGCGCCAAUGCCACGGCCUACAAAUACAACAAUAUGGUGAACAACAAUCGUGAGCAGUUCAAUGCCCUGCAUUUCUGCUAGGCAGAGGAAGGAGGACGAGGAGAAGGAGGAUAGUUGAAAUUGGAGUUGAUCAUUAUGAUGUAGCUCGCAUUUUGUUUGCAAUAAAUAUAUAUAU